AUGGAUUCUGUAAAACUUGUGUUUUUUAUGCUAUAUAUCUUUCUCUACCAACUUGCUUUCUCUUCAUCCUCACCUCAUUUGUGCCCGAAAGAUCAAGCUCUUGCUCUUCUACAAUUCAAGCACAUGUUUUCCAUUAAUCCUGAUGCUUCUUAUGCUUGUUUCGACUAUACAGGGAUUCAGUCAUAUCCAAGAACUCUUUCUUGGAACAAAACCACAAAUUGCUGCUCAUGGGAUGGAGUUCAUUGUGACGAGACGACAGGACAAGUGAUUGCGCUUGAUCUCCGUUGCAGCCAACUUCAAGGCAAGUUUCAUUCCAAUAGUAGCCUCUUUCAACUCUUCAAUCUCAAAAGACUUGAUUUGUCUUAUAAUGAUUUCACUAGAUCACUCAUAUCACCUAAAUUUGGUGAGUUUUCAAGUUUGACGCAUCUUGUUUUGUCGCGAUCAAGUUUUGCAGGUCUAAUCCCUUCUGAAAUCUCUCACCUUUCUAAAUUACACGUUCUUCGUAUAGGUGAUCAAUAUGGGCUUAGUCUUGGGCCUCACAAUUUUGAACUGCUCCUUAAGAACUUGACCCAAUUAAGAGAGCUCAACCUUCACUCUGUGGACAUCUCUUCCACCAUUCCUCUGAAUUUCUCUUCUUAUUUAAUAAAUAUACGGCUUCCAUACACAGAGUUAUGUGGGGUAUUGCCUGAAAGAGUUUUCCACCUUUCCGAUUUAGAAUUCCUUUAUUUAUAUGAAAAUCUCCAACUCACAGUUAGGUUUCCCACAACCAAAUGGAAUAGUAGUGCAUCACUCAUGAUGUUAUAUCUCUAUAGUGUGAAUAUUACCGGUAGGAUACCUGAAUCAUUUAGCCAUCUUACUUCACUUCAUGAGUUGUACAUGAGUGAUUCUAAUCUGUCAGGGCCUAUUAAGCCUCUAUGGAAUCUCACCAACAUAGAGUUUUUGGACCUUGGUAAUAACCAUCUUGAAGGACCAAUUCCACCUAACGUAAGUGGACUACCAAACCUAAAACAGCUCUACUUGUCAUCAAACAACUUGAGUGGGACUAUACCUUCCUGGAUAUUCUCCCUUCCUUCACUGACAGUGUUAGACUUAGGCAAUAACACUUUCAGUGGAAAAAUUCAGGAGUUCAAGUCCAACACAUUGUCUCAAGUUUAUCUAAACCUAAAUCAGCUGGUAGGUCCAAUACCAAAUUCACUCCUAAACCAGCCAAGCCUAAGAAUUCUUCUUCUUUCGCACAAUAAUAUAAAUGGACACAUUGCUUUAGCUAUCUGCAAUCUGAAAGAACUGAUUGUGCUAAAUUUGAGAAGGAAUAAUUUGGAGGGAACAAUCCCACAAUGUUUGGGUGUGAUGAAUGAAAACCUUUGGAAUUUGGAUUUGAGCAAAAACAGUCUUAGUGGGACAAUUAAUACAACUUUUGGUAGCGGAAACUAUCUCACUGUCAUUAGCUUGUAUGGGAAUAAGCUAACGGGGAAAGUCCCACGAUCUUUGAUCAAUUGCAAGUAUUUGACACUUCUUGAUCUAGGUAACAAUCAGUUGAAUGACACAUUUCCAAACUGGUUAGGAGACCUACCUGGUUUGCAGAUUUUAAGCUUGAGAUCAAAUAAGUUGCAUGGUCCCAUUAAAUCUUCAGGGAAUACAAACUUGUUUCCGCAGCUUCAAAUUAUGGAUCUAUCAUCCAAUGGAUUUAGUGGGAAUUUACCCAAAAGUCUUUUCGGAAACUUGCAAGCCAUGAAGGAAAUUGAUGAGAGUACAAGAACCCCACAGUAUGUUUCUGAUCCAUAUGCUAAUUAUUAUGAUUAUUUGACGACAAUUACAACAAAGGGACAUGAUUAUGAUUCAGCUCCAAUUCUUGCUACUAACAUGAUUAUCGAUCUCUCAAAGAACAUAUUUGAAGGUCAUAUUCCAAGCAUUAUUGGAGAUCUCGUUGGACUUCGUACCUUGAACUUAUCUCAUAAUGUCUUGGAAGGUCAUAUACCAGCAUCAUUCAAAAAUCUAUCCGUACUCGAAUCAUUGGAUCUCUCAUCUAACAAAAUCAGCGGAGAAAUUCCGCAACAGCUUGCAUCUCUCACAUUUCUUGAAGUCUUAAAUCUCUCUCACAAUCAUCUUGUUGGAUGCAUCCCCAGAGGAAAACAAUUUGAUACGUUUGAGAACACUUCAUACCAAGGAAAUGAUGGAUUACGAGGAUUGCCACCCUCAAGAGAUUGUGUCCGUGAUGAUAGGGUACCACAAGCGACAACUCCAGCUGAGCAAGAUCAAGAAGAAGAAGAAGAAGAUUCACCGAUGAUCAGUUGGCAGGGAGUUCUCAUGGGUUACGGUUGUGGACUUGUUAUUGGACUGUCCAUAAUAUACAUAAUGUAUUCAACUCAAUAUCCAGCAUGGUUUUCGAGGAUGGUUGUAAAAUUGGAACACCAAAUUACUACGAGAAUGAAAAAACACAAGAAAAGAUAUUAG